AUGACUUCAGUCGGUACAGGAUACGAUUUAUCAAACAGUGUGUUUUCACCAGAUGGAAGAAACUUCCAAGUGGAAUACGCUGCCAAAGCAGUGGAAAAUGGUGGUACCUCCAUUGGUAUUAAAUUCAAAGAUGGUAUUGUUUUAGCUGUUGAAAAAAUUGUCACUUCCAAACUAUUAGUUCCAGGUAAAAAUAAUCGUAUUCAAACAAUUGGUCGUCAUAUUGGUGUUGCAUACUCUGGGUUAUUACCAGAUGGACGUCAUCUAGUCUCUAGAGGUAGAGAUGAAUUCCAAUCUUUCAAAGACCAAUACAAAGAUCAAAUAUCAAUUCCUUAUCUAAUAGAUCGUUUAGGUAAUUAUGUCCAAGCUUACACUUGUUACAACUCAGUUAGACCAUUCGGUAUAACAUCAAUUAUCGGUGGUAUUGAUGAAGAUGGUCCACAUUUAUACAUGUUGGAACCAAGUGGUGUGUAUUGGGGUUACCAAGGUGCUGCAACUGGUAAAGGUAGACAAAGUGCAAAGAAUGAAUUGGAAAAAUUGGAUUCCAGCACAUUAAGUGCUAAAGAUGCUGUUAAAGAAGCUGCUAGAAUAAUUUAUUUGGCUCAUGAAGAUAACAAAGAUAAGGAUUUUGAAAUUGAAAUUAGUUGGAUAUCAACUUCUGAAACUAAAGGUUUACAUCAAUUUGUGCCUGAAGAUUUAUUGAAGGAAGCUAAAGAGUAUGCUGAACAAAAAUUGAAUGAAGAUGAUGAAGACGAUGAAGAUGAAAACAUGGCUGAAUAA